GCAGACUGCUGGAUAUCUGCUGGAAACCACAGCUUCAGCUCCACCACAUAGUCCUCCCCCAGCAUUAUGCGAAUGAAGAGGACAAUCUUUACAACCAGCAGAAGAAUUUAAGAGUGGGACAGGAGGAAUCAGAGUCUCCUCAGGUUAAAGAAGAACAAGAGGGACCCGAAUCUCUACAGAUUAAAGAGGAAAAGGAGGAAUCAGAGUCUCCUCAGGUUAAAGAAGAACAAGAGGGACCCGAAUCUCUACAGAUUAAAGAUGAACAGGAGGAACCAGAACAUCCGCAAAUUAAAGAGGAGCAGGAGGAACACAGACCUACACAGAUUAAAGAAGAGCAGGAGGAAGAAGAAUUUGCACAGAUUACAGAAAAAGAACAGGAAGAACCACGACAGUUCAGAAAUCACAUGAGAACUCACCCAGGAGAGAAUCCUUUUUCGUGUAAAGAAUGUGAUCAAAGUUUUAAUCGUGCAUAUAAUCUUGAAACACACAUGAGAACUCAUACAGGAGAAACGCCUUUUUCAUGUAAAGAUUGUGAUAAAAGUUUUAGUCAUGAAACUACUCUCAAAAGACACAUGAGAACUCACCAUGGAGUGAAGCCUUUUUCGUGUAAAGAAUGUGAGAAAAGUUUUAGUUGGGUAUGUCAUCUAAUAAGACACAUGAGAACUCACCAUGGAGUGAAGCGUUUUCCGUGUAAAGAAUGUGAUCAAAGUUUUGAUCGUGCACAUAAUCUUGUAAGACACAUGAGAACUCAUACAGGAGAAAAACCUUUUACAUGUAAAGAUUGUGAUAAAAGUUUUCGUUAUGAAACUUCUGUCAAAAGACACAUGAGAACUCACACAGGAGAGAAGCCUUUUUUAUGUAAAGAAUGUGAGAAAAGUUUUAGUGAUGCUUUUCAUCUCAUAACACACAUGAGAACUCACACAGGAGAGAAUCCUUUUUCGUGUAAAGAAUGUGAUCAAAUUUUUAAUCGUAAAUCUAAUCUUGUAACACACAUGAGAACUCAUACAGGAGAAAAGCCUUUUUCAUGUAAAGAUUGUGAUAAAAGUUUUAGGCAUGAACCUACUCUCAAAAGACACAUGAGAACUCACACAGGAGAGAAGCCUUUUACUUGUAAAGAGUGUAAUUCAAGUUUUAGUGAUGCUUCUUAUCUCAAAAUGCACAUGCGAACUCACACAGGAGAGAAGCCUUUUUUGUGUAAAGAAUGCGACAAAAGUUUUCGUUUUGUGUCUACUCUUAAAACGCACAUGCGAACUCACACAGGAGAGAAGCCUUUUACAUGUAAAGAAUGUGACAAAAGCUUUAGUCGUGUGUCUACUCUCAAAACACACAUGAGAACUCACACUGGAGAAAAGCCUUUUUUAUCUACGGAAUGUGAUAAAAGAUAAAAGUUUAAGAAUCUCAUUUAAGAAUAUAUAUGAGAACUCAUAACUUAAAAUCAAAAAAUCUGAAAAUCAAAUCUAAAAAUAUUUAAAGAAAAUAAGAAUUAAGUAAAAACAAAUGAAGAAAUGUAAUGUUUAUAAUUCCAUACUAAUCUGCCAAUCAAUUCCAAACACUUUCCAAGUCCUUACUGAGUCUUUAAAUGGUCCCUCUGUCUCAGUCAGUAGAACAAAAUAGAUUCCAUAUCACUUUUACACAACUUUCCACACACGUGUGGAGAUUUUGCUUUUAAUUUCCAGUAAUACUUGGAUCAUUCUCACUCUACUAAAGGAAUCUAAAGCUGUUUAUAUCUAAACAUCAGUUUCUGUGUUUGAUCAACUAUCAAAUUCCUCUGACCUGAACCCAAUAAAAAUAUCUAUGAACUGUGAGGAGGAAUAUGAGACAGCAGACACAACAAUGAAGAUGACCUGAAGUCAGCGAUCAAAUCAACCUGAGCUUUCAUGACAUGAACACAGAGCCACAGGCUGAUGGCCUCCAUACCACAUUGAUGCAGUCAUCCAAUGAAAAGGAGGAACAAGUGGUUAUUGAAUGGAGAGAAAAGAACAUUUUUUUGAAAUCUGACGUGUGCUGAAAACAUUAUUUUGAUAUGAUAUUCUCAUUUUGUAAGACAAUAUUUUUAUGUUUAUCAUCUAUAAGUCACUAUGAUCACAUUUCUCAAAAUAAAGAAUUGAUGUAUUUCAUUUUGUAAUGAUUCUAUAAUCAUGAGUUUCACUUGUUGAAUUAUUUGACAAAAAUGUUUAACUUGUUCUUGAAAUUAAUUUGUUUUUUACGUACCUCUAAAUAGAAAUGUGUUGUUUUGAAUUAUGAAAGCCAGAUUAAAUAAAACAUUUUUGAUGAUGUUCACUUUUGUUAGUAGAUUUUUGUAUUUUAUUAUAUCGUUAACAGUUGUUAAGUUAAUCGUUGUGGUUGUAGUUUAUAGUGAGACAAUGUUGUCUAAUUGUGUGUGUUACCAUGACAACACUUGAAAUAUUUUUACAUACAUUUAAUUCUUUUUUACAUUUUGUAUCUGAUUUAUGAACAUGUCAAUAUUGUUUUCAAUACUAAAUCAUUCCUGUUUAUAUUUUGUUGAGUCAAGUUAACAAAUAACAGUUUAGUGAAGGAAAGGUUUAGUAAAAAUGUAUUAAAGAAGAGGUGGAUAAAGAAACAGACUGGUGUUUGUGUUGUUGUGAUUCCUGUUUUCUAGUAGAGAUUAGAAGUGUUUCUCUGUUCUUUUUAGUUCUCAGUGUUCUGUCUCAAUCUUUCCUGUGAAGAAUAAAGUGGACGUGAACAUCA